CCCAGUUGUACACAUUCUACUAAAUAUGUACAAUAAUUAUUAUCGGUGUUGUGUUGGUCACACUGUGUUUUCGCUCAUAGACGAAAAAGUUGGGAUCGAUCAUGUUCACUGUUCCAUUUUUAUUAAUAAUUUUCACUCCUUUCGUUUUUUUCUCUGCAGUUUUAAUUUUGCGUACUGUUUAUCGACACCUUAUCUCUCUCUAUGUAUCUUCCCAGUUCCCAUGUCUGUUUGUAAUAUGUAGUGAAUAAUAUUGUUUUAUCGAAAACGAAUGACGAAUCGGUUUUCAACGGAAUCGUUUCUCCGAAUAGGAGAACUUACAGUACCUAAUAGUAAUAUGCAAUGAAAUAUUACAACCGACCAAAUCAUGAAGUCUGCUAGUGUUAUCUGGUGUGUGUUAUCGAUUUUGGGACGACAAUGACGAGGAUGAUAAAACGUUGGUUUGCUCUGGAGAAUAUUGCAAGUAUGUCUAUGAUGUUCACCCGCCUACUGAUAUUUACAAUCUCGCAUUUGUUUAUUAUAAUAUGGUAAUAGUUGUUUUAGUUAAAGUUUUAGUGUUCUAAACUUUAUUUAAUAUAAAAAUCCAUAUUUAAAAUAACUAACAUUAGUUUCAAUGGGUUGUGUUAAAUCUUACAGUUUGAUUAUACCUAGUCAUAAAUAGUGAACAUAAAUUCUAGAGUUUGUCAUAAACACACCUUACAGUAAAUUCAAUGUUAUUUACUAAUGGUUAUUAUCUAAUUAAUCAAUGUCAUUUUAUUAUUUCUUUAACUUACUGUUAAAUAGUUUUUAAUCAUAUUUAUCAUGUACAUAAGUGCAUUGUAUUGCAAAUGGGUUUUCAGUCAAAUAUGUUUCACAAAAAGAAAACCUAAUAGCUAUAAUACAUACAUAUGAACAUAAUUUAUCAACUGACAGUAUAUUGUCUGUAAAACAUCAAAUAUUUUGAAUAUUACUUUAAGGUUACUUAAAUUAUUUUCAUUUUAAUUGAUAAGUUAUUGAUUCAUUUUUACAUGUUAACUUAGGUCUCCUUAAUUUUUGUUUUUAAAAUAAACUACACAGGUACAUAGCUAAUAAUAAUAAAAUAUAGGAAGUUACCUCUAUAUUAUAUAAAUUACUAUGCAUUUCUUUACUAAAUCUACAUAUCUAAGUUAAUAUAAUAUUAUAAAUAAUUUAGAUUUUUAAGUAAGUAUCUAUUAAAUAUACCUAAUACUUAUUUUAAAAUUAUUAUAUCUAUAAUCAAUAAGUUGAAGUAUGGCUCUUGGGGUAAAAAAAAAGAUCAUCGGAAAAAUACUAAAUAUAUAUAUAUUUUGUACUCCAUCUGACCAAUGACCCGUGAUAGAAUUUGUGAUGACCGGUUUAGAGGUGCGUGUUUACAGACUUGAAAAAAUUGUAUUAUUUACAGCUCUUGGGGUCAAAACUAAACUUAAAAAUAUCGGAAAAUGCUAUAAUUGUUUUCUAUUUGUAUAGAGCCCUAAUAAAAUAUCAAACAGUCAUAAUUUUGUUAUUACAAUUUUGAAUGGUUUUUGAGUACCCAGGUAACCAAUCAAAGUGUUAAAAUAUUGUAUAUAUUUUGCAGAAAAUGGAAAAUAGUAAUUAUUUUUUGAUGUUGGCUUUCUUUUAUACUAUGAGUCAGAUUUCAACCUAAUUAAUAUUAGUAAUUAAAAUAAAUAGUAAAUACAUAUGUCUUAUUUUCUUAACAAUAAGUAGGUAUUAAGAUUUGUUUAGAGAAGUCUGUUUACAAACAUAGUUUUUAAUUAAUUAUUUAUGAAACCAAAAUAUCUUUUUCUAAUUUGAAUAGAAGCUCAAUACUCUUUUUUACCAGUUUUACUAUAGAAAAUCAAAUUUACUUAUUCUAAAUUGAUAAAAUAAUUAAUAUACAGUAUACGUGGAUGUAUAAUAUCACAAUUGCUAGUGGUUUCUUUUAUGGUAACAUUUUAGUGUGCAUUACCUUUUUUCAUAUACAAAAUAUUUUAAAUAUAUACCUACCUAAUUUUUAUCUAGGUAUUUAAAAAUAAUAAUUUUUUAAGCUUUAAGAAAUAUAAUUACUUGGUAAAUAACUUCAAUGUAUGUUGAAAUUUUAAUGUUCAUUUUGUAAUAAAUUGGAACCUAUUUCAUUUAGUUUUAAUUUUUUUUUUUCUAUUUUCAUAAUAUAAAAUUCCUAUGUUAUACACAUAAAAAAAGAUUCCUAGGAUAAUGGGGGCAGCCACUGUUAUAGAUACUUUAAUGUAUACCUGUAAGCAACAAUAAAACAUUGUUUACAAGAAAUUGUUUCUGAGCAGAGUUCAGUUGAUAGAUAUUCUUUGUUAACAAUAUAUAUGUUAUUUUAUGGUAAAUAAUUAAAUAGGCUUUAUAUAUUUUCUUUAAUAUUUGUUUAAUGUUAUACCUAUGUUUUCUCAGUUUUUCACAUUUGCUGGGAAAAUCCAAAAAUGACCUCUAAAUUACCCCCUUAAUGAAAUUUCCUUUUAAAAACACUGCUAUCAUUAAAAGUUGGAGAAAAAUUCCUGGUAGAAAAGUUGUUCACAGAAUAUAAAAAAAUAAACAUCUUUGUAAAACUAUAAGCUUCCUUCAUUCCAUUCAGAAUCUAAAAAAACGUAUAAGCAAUAACAUCACGAAUGAAUAAUUAAUUUAAGUGUGAUAGAGACACGUAUUGAUAAAUAUCUCCUGUAUACUAUAUUAUACUAAUAUCAAUUUACUGUCUAUAGUCAGUAACAGACCAUCCUGUGCAAUAUUAAUUGAUAAUCAAAUCACAUUUGUUUUUAUAGGCAAUGAGUUGACUAUUGUAAUUAUUAUUCUUAAGAAUACCUUUAAGCUUAUACAAUCAUAUUAAAGAUAUAAUACUAUGUCUAAUGGGUGUAUGAGUGAUAUUUUAAUAAAUAUUUGAGGUUAUUGUUUAGUACCUACUACAAUAAAUGUAAAUAUUGUAAGUAGUUUGUUUAUUAAAUAUUUUGUUAUAAAUAAAUAGCUUUACAACUUUUUAAAUUGUAAUACAAACCUAAUUAAUUAAUAUUUAUUGAAAAAUAUUGCUACAUACUACCUAAUAAAAACUUACCUAUAUUUUAUAUGUAGGAUGUAAAUAAAAUAUUUUAGUGCUUAAUUAGGUGGGUUAGUAUCAACAAGAAUAUUAAUUAAUUUAUAAUUUAUUCACAAUAAUAUUAGGGAUGGUAAUUAUAAUAAAACUCAUUUAAUUUGUAAGUUUUAAUAUUGAAAUAAAUUAUUUUUAAAAUUUUAUAAUUUCUAGUAAUAAUUAAUAACUCAUUAGUUAAUUUUUAAUUAUCCACUACCUACUUACUUAUUUAUAUUAUUUCAGAUACUUUAUUAUGUAUAAAAUAUUCAUCAUACAUUAGCAUUUGAAGAACAUAAGUAUUGAUAAUACACUAUUUAAAAUGCCACCUAUUCCAAGGCCUGGGAGCUUAAAGGAUCCCGAAAUAGCAGAACUUUUUGAUAAAGACGAUCCAGAUAAAAUAUUUGAGGACUUACGAGAAAUUGGUCACGGAAGUUUUGGCGCUGUAUAUUAUGCUAGAUGUUUAUUAACCAAAGAGAUAGUAGCCAUAAAAAAAAUGUCAUACUUAGGCAAACAAAGUAUGGAAAAAUGGCAGGACAUAUUAAAAGAAAUACGAUUUUUAAGACAUCUUAGUCACCCAAACACAAUUGAAUAUAAGGGAUGUUUUCUACGAGAUCACACAGCAUGGGUAUGAAAAUAUAUACCUUGUAUUUAUGUUAACAAAUUUUACAUGUAAAUGUAUUCUUAUUUUAGUUGGUGAUGGAAUACUGUUUGGGCUCAGCUUCAGACAUUAUUGAAGUACAUAAGAAACCUCUUAAAGAAGAAGAAAUAUCUGCUAUUUGUGAUGGAGUUUUAAGAGGUCUUGAAUAUCUUCAUUCCUUAGGUCGUAUACACCGUGAUGUGAAAGCAGGAAACAUCUUACUAACAGAAAAUGGCACAGUGAAACUUGGUAAUUAAAUGUUAAUUAAAAAAAUAAAAUAAAAAACAGUCAUAUAAUUUAGGUAAGAAAACAUAAUAUAUUAAAUUUAGUUUAGUCUUUUUUGUGGUUGGGGGAGAAGUGUCCUCUUAUUAGAAAAAGUAAUGGAAUUUCAAAAAAUUGUUAAAUAAAGUAGCCCCAUUAGUGAAAAUCUAUGGUUAAUUUAAGUUACUGUAUGAAAAAGAUUGAGUAUUUUUACUAAUCAAGAAAAACACACAUUAGUGAAACUAAUAACUUCUUUGCUAAAUUUAAGAAUUAUAAAAUAAUAAUGUAAAUAAUUGUAUUGUUAUUAUUUAGCUGAUUUUGGAUCUGCCAGUACAAAAUGUCCGGCCAAUAGUUUUGUUGGUACUCCAUAUUGGAUGGCACCUGAAGUUAUAUUAGCUAUGGAUGAAGGACAGUAUGAUGGAAAAGUUGAUGUUUGGUCAUUAGGAAUAACAUGCAUUGAAUUAGGUGAGAGAAUUUAUUCUUAGUUAUUUACAAAAAUAUAUAUAUUUUUUUAAAAUAUUAAACCAUUUUAUUUUACCUUUAUUGUAACAUAUUUGUUUUAUUUUAUUUUUUAAGAGAAUAUUAUUUUUAACACGAAGGGACAAAAAAUCUUAUAUAUGUUCAUAGAACAUAGAUAGGAACAUUUAUUUUUAGUACAUUUUUGAAUAAAAUAUAUUUAAGUUUUUUUUAAUCAUUAUAGAAUAGUUUGAUAAUGUUAUAUUCAAUUUUUUUUUUUUUUUAAAUGUACACUUUUCCAAGUUCCAUUCGUUUUCGAUAAAACAAUAUUAUUCACUACAUAUUACAAACAGACAUGGGAACUGGGAAGAUACAUAGAGAGAGAUAAGGUGUCGAUAAACAGUACACAAAAUUAAAACUUUUUUGUACCUUUUGAUUUUUAAAUACAACACAUUUGAAAAGAAUACUUUUCUAAAACAUGUUAAUGUGUACAUCACUAAUAUUGAGUUGUAAUAUAUUAAAUUUUAGAACCCAAGGAUUAGAGAAGGGUUAUAAACUUGUCUAAAAAUGGAUGUAAAAUUUAUUAUCCUUCCUUACUACUCCAAACUAAAUUUUAAACUUAAAACUUUUUAUACAAAUAUUAUUUUAUAUCUGUUUUAAAAAGCGGGGUUGCUAUUUAAAAUUAAAAUUUGUUAUAAACUUUAAUAAAUUUCUUAAAAAUUGAAAAAGUUAAAAAUCCUGUAAGAAAAUCACUUUAACUCAAAAAAAAAAUUAUCCUAUAUAUUUAAGUAAAUGUUUACUUAAUUUUAAGCCUCAAUUUAACUUAACUUGGUUUUUAUGAUCAAGAAGAAAAACUAAGUAUAUAUUUACACAUUAAUUUGGACAAGUAUUUAUUGUUUAAUGUACAUAAUUGUUGUAGCUGAAAGAAAACCUCCAUAUUUUAACAUGAAUGCAAUGAGUGCUCUUUAUCAUAUCGCACAAAAUGAUACUCCUACACUACAAUCACCUGAAUGGACAGAUAUAUUUAGACAUUUUGUUGAACUAUGUCUUCAAAAAAAUCCUCUUGAACGCCCAUCAUCAUCCAAACUUUUAUCGGUGAAUAUCAAAACAUUUUUUCAAAUAAUGAGAGUAAAUUUUUAAUUUGUUUUAUUGUUUAAUUUUUAGCAUCAGUUAAUAGUCCGUUCAAGAUCAUCUCAUGUUUUAAUUGAUCUUAUACAAAGAACAAAAGCUGCUGUUCGUGAUUUAGAUAACCUUAAUUAUAGAAAAAUGAAAAAAAUUCUCAUGGUCGACUCCUAUGAAACUGAGAGUACUGUUGGUGAUGCUGAUGGUAUAAAUAUUCUUUAAAAUUAUUUGUUGAUUCAUUAUUCAAUGAUGGACAAUGAAUAAUAUAUAAUGUAUAUAUAUUCAUAUUUAUUCAUAAUUAUUGCUAGAUACAGCUGAUGAACAAACAGGAGGAGAGAGCAGCAAGAGUAAUAGUAUAACUUCAGAUCAUUCAAUACAGUCUGUUGGUGUCAGUGCUUCAUCUCACAGUAGUUCCACGAAUAGUACGCCGAAUAUGAAUGAAAUAUCUAAUAUGAGCACAAAUGACCACUACCCAACAGCUAGAAAUCGUCACAAAGUAUUAUUAAUAUAUUAUUAUUGUUUUAAUGCACUGCACACAGACACUAUGUUUUAAAUUUAAAAUUAUUAUUUAAUCAAUCACAUAUUUUGGCAGUUUCCAUAACCUUAAAGUUUUUAAAAAAUGACAAUGUAUUAUAAUCAAAUAGUGACAAACAAAUAGUAAGAUAAAUUUGACAUAAGUGGGGUUCAGAUUUUUAUGAAAUUUCAAAUUUUUUUCUUUGUAUCCAAUUUAUUGCUGACCUGGAUAAAAAUUUGAUUCAUGUUCUACUGAAUCUCAAAUAGUACUUUUUUAUACUUUCAGUAAUUUUAUUUUGCAUAUUUUAUGGUUUUGUAUUUUAAAUGCAUACAGGGUGAUCAAUCUAUCAUAAGACACUCUUUAUUUUGGAAACUAUUAACUUUUUUUGAAAUUGAUUUUAUAGAAAAUUUAAGAAACAUGCACUUCUACAGUUUUACAUUUAUGGUUAUUUUUGUCACACUCUUUUUAGGGUAAAAUCACUACCUAAUUAUGAUUUUAAAAUGACAACCUAUAUUAAAAAUUCCAUAAAUAGAUGAAGUAUAAUUAAAAUAAGUUUUGGUGUUUCGAUUUCCGCCAAUCCGUUGACAAGAUUUUCCAUUUUGAAGUUUUAGUUGGGGGAGAGUGGUGGUGCAUUAUUAAUACGCCCCAUGUCGUACCACUAAACAAAUAAUACUUCACUAUUCUCCUCAAAUUUGUUUUAAAUAAUACCCCGUCUAUUUAUGAAACUUUUUAUAUAGAUUGCCAUUUAAAAAUCAUAAGUAGGUAGUGGUUUUACCCCUUUAGGGUGAUAAAAUAUUGCAUGUAUAUAAUUUUGUAAAGCAGCUUGUUUCUUAAAUCUUCUAGGAAAUAAAUUCCGGAAAAAGUUAAUACUUUUCCUAGUUAAUUUCCUAGUUAAAUCUUAUGACAGAUUGAUCACCCCUUAUUUCAGAAUUUUAAGAAUAUAAAUGCAUAUUUCAGUACAUUUUUGAACUUUUUUAAAAAUAAUACAAAUUAAUAACGAACCCUAGAUAUAAGUAUAGAGGGUUUAUGUACGCAGAUUUUUUCACUUUUAUCUAAAGCUGUUAAUAUUCAAUUGUUUUAUUUAUUUAUUUCCAAUCUGUUUUUCUAUGAAAAAGACUUUUUGAAGAGAAGAUCUUUUUAUAAAAAAAAUAAUUGUAUUUUCAUCCUCUAAUUUUUAAGAGAAAAAAUCUAUUUUGUAAAAUAUUUUAUUCUCAAAAUUGUAAUGUAUCAUACAUUCAAAUCUUAUCAAUAACUUCUUAGUAACAAUUUUUUUAAUUUCUAGAAAAAAUAUGCGAAACAGAUUUACUUUAUAGGAAAUUAAUUGAAAAUUGUAUAAAUUAAAACAGCUGUUUGAUUCCAUCCGUAAUGAUUUUACUUUAGAUAUUAAUUCAAGCUCUGCAUUUUUCUCUUAUUCUUCACUCAUACUAUACUUAAUAGGUCCAAAAAUCUUCCUCAGAGUUAUUCUUUCCAAUAUUAAAAAUUUUUUCUUAUCCUGUUAUCUUAGCAGCAAUGCAUAUAUAUAUAUGUUUAUUCAUAAAAGUUAAAAAUCAAAAAAAAAUCAUGAUUUCUGUGCAACUGUUUUUUGGUCCGAAAUGAUUUUUUUUGCUUAUUGAAGUUAACUUAUUAUUUUUUUGAACAAAAUUUGUUUAUUUUCAUAAAAGUCUUAAAAAGAAAUAGUUCUAAAAACUGUAAAUAUACAAAACAAAUGUCAAAAAUAUUUGUUGUACAUAAUUUCAAAGAGAAUAUGUAAAUGCUCUAACUUCUGACCCAUUUUCAUUAGGAUUUUAUUACUAGUAUUAUUAGUAUGUUAUAAAUUGGUUAAAAUUACACUCAUUAAAUGCUUUUUCAUUUUUAUAAAUAUAAUAACAUAAACAUAAUGAAACCUAGAAUAUUUUGAAAAUUUAAAGAACAAGCAGCUCUAAAAUGUUAUUAGAUUUAUGUCCAUUAUUUUUUUCGACCCUAAUUUUUAUGAGUAAAACAUCCCCCUAAUAAUAAGGUGGAGAUAAUGAAGUCAUUUGUAUGACGCACAGUGUUUGAGUAAUACUCCAUUUUUCUGCCCCUAACUAAACUUAAAAAUGGAAUAUCUCAUCAAUGGAUUGAUAAAUAAAAUCAAACGGACAUACUUUGUGAGUGAGUCACUGUUUUAGGGGAAAAGUUUGAUAAGCAGAAAGGUAAUUAAAAUUUAUCUGAACAGAAUGAUUAUCCAUUACCAACGAAAAAACAAUUCUGAGUGAAGUUUGGUUAUACAUGUUUGAAAGGCCGUAGUAUUUACGAUUUGAAAAUAAUUUCGUAAAUUUUCCCAUUUUUCCCAUUUAUUAUGAAAUCCCUUGAAAAAUGUGAAUACCAACAUUAAUUAAAACUAAUACUGUACCAAUUUGUGAAAUUUUUAUUAUAGGUUGUCAUUUGAAAUUUCAAGUAGUUUCAUUAUGUGACCUCUGCCUUUAUUGGUUUAAAAAUUUAAAAAAAAAUUAUACUAAAAGUGGUUAUUUUAGAAAGCCUUUAACAACUUGUAAAUAAUAAACAUUUCAAUUUACCCUUUUAAAAGUAUUUUAUUCUUCAAUGUAUUCAUUUAUAAUUUUAAUAAUUCAUUAUUAUAUUUUAUUGUAGCUAUCUAGUAAUAAUUCUAAUUCCAUUGUUUCCAACGAUCAUAUGACUGUGGGAGGUCACAAUAACUUUGCAACAAUCCGAACAACAUCGAUUGUUACAAAACAACAAAAAGAACACAUGCAGGAAGAAAUGCAUGAACAAAUGUCUGGCUAUAAACGAAUGAGAAAGGAACACCAGGCUGCAUUAUUAAAAGUAUUCAUACUUAGAAAACAAUUCAACAUCCUUUAUAAAUUUAUAUAAAUAUUUUAGCUUGAAGACAGAUGUAAACUUGAAAUGGAAAGUCAUAAACAACUUUUAGAUAAAGAAUAUGAAACUUUAUUACAACAAUUUAGUAAAGAAUUGGAGAAACUUCAAAUUAAACAUCAGCAAGACUUGGAAAAGAAGGUAACUAUGACAUUUUUAUUAUAAUACAUUUAUCAGGUGUUUACUUAUAUCUAAUUCAUGCAAUUGUUACUGUUCAGAAAUUAUAUAAACAAAUAAUAAUACAUAAUAUAUUAAUAUUCUAGACAUGGUGUAGUUGCCAAAAUAUUUUGUAUAUAUUUGGUUUAUUAUUUUUUUUGAAUUUUUUUUUUUUUAGUUAAGUGAAAAUAAAGGAACUCCUUUAAUUUGAUCAAAAAACCUUAAAAUGUAUAGCAUCAGUGUCAUAUUAUAUCUACCUCUAAUAUGGUAUGAAAUAUGUCCUAUCCCACUGUUUUUCUAUAUUAAUAGUAAUAUUAUAAUUUAUUAUUCUAUCUCUAAAAUCAUUAUAAAAUUAAUUUGCAUACACUUUUGUAUAAUAUUAUAUAGUUGUGAUCUGUAUUUUUUUUUUAAUAGGCUUUUUGAUGUUUAAUCCAUCAUUGAUAUUGAUGUUAGUGUUUUGCUAACAUUAAAUUUAUAUUAGAAACCACUUGUUCAAGUAAAAAUACUUUGUAAGAACAUAAACCAAUUGUAAACAAAAAAAAAAGACAAUCGUUAUCAAAUCUAAUACCAAUAGUGUUAUAAAAUAUGACGAUACCUAAUAAAAAUAAAUAAUAACUAUAAGAAUACAUAAUAUAAUUUAAAAAAAUAUAAUAAUACAUAUUAUAGUAUUGUUUUUUACUAUGAUAUUUUUUUUUAGAUGAAGCAAAAUGUGGCUGCUGAGAAAAAAAUAAUUAAAGAAAUAUCCAACAGACAAGAAGCUGACCGCAAGGCAUUUGAUGCUCAAAGAAAAAAAGAAUAUAAAACUAGUAAAGAACGAUGGAAACGUGAACUAUCAUUAGAUGAAACAACACCUAAGCGACAAAGAGAUGCUGCUUUACAGUUAGUAUAUGUGUACAAAAUAAUAGUUUUAUUGUUAAUCAAGUUAUGAUUAAAAGAUGCAAGAUUUUUUUUUUUAACUGGAUUUUUCUUUCCCAAAAGUUACAUGAAAUACAACUAUUUAAUGUUGAUGAAAAAAUAUGAUUUUUUUUUUUUAUUUAUAAAAAAAAAAUUAAAAAUGCAUGUUGUACAUAUGUUUGUUGUUGCCAAAACACUACAUAGAACACUCCAAAAAGUGUUUUUUUUUUUUUAAAAAAGAUUUAAAAAACUUAUUUUAAAAAUAUACUUUCAUAAAGGUUAAACAUUGUUAAAUAAUAAUUGGUUGAAAUGUUUUUUAUUUUUAGAUUAUACAAAUUGAUGACUCAGAGAUAUUUUGAUAAUAAUAUUGAUAAUGUGUUAAGGUUUUUAUUCUUCUUAGAUUUUGUGUAUUUUACUUCAUAAUGUUUAUAUUAAAUUAUUUGCCUUUUAUUUUGUACUUUUUAAUGUGUAUAACUCAUUUUUAAUAUUUUUAAUAAUUUAUGAAAUACUGUUGUGGCAACAAUUUAUGUCAGUUUGAGAUUAUCUAUAGUUAUAAUUUGUUUCCCUCUAAAAUUGUAGUUUAAGUCAUGCAUUUAUUGAAAAAUUAUAUAAAAGUAUAAUUUUUAUAGUUAAUAUAGUUUUAUAGUUUAUAGUAUAAUUAUAGUUUGAUUGUAUCUCAGGCCAUUUUUAGGGUAGAAAAAAAUUGUAUUAAUAAAAGUUGCUUGGAAAAAAAUAGGAAUAUUAUAAAAGAUUAGUAAGUUUAUUGUGCACGCAUAAAUGUUCCAUAAGGGUUUACAUUUUUUAAAAACUAGCUCAAACUGUAUCUGAUAUAUAUAUAUAUAUGUAAACCAAAACAAAAUAAUCAUCUCAAAGAUCUUUGCCUAAAUAAUUUUUCAAAAAAAUAUUUCAAUUUUAUAUUCACUUUCUUAAAUAUUCCUUUGCUAAAAUAACCACUUUGUAUACUGCAGAAUAUAAUAAAAAUAAUUUUUGUUUUUAUAUAAAUCAUAGAACUCAAAAAGAAAACCGUAAGCUAAUGGAAGCUCAAGAGGAACACAGACUUAUUCGAUGUCAAAAAGAUUAUUUGGAGCUUGAAAUUAGAAAAUUCCGUAGAAAAAGGCUAAAUCAAUUCCAUUUAUUUGAACAAGGAUUAUUACGGGAAGUAUGUAAUUUGUUUAAGAACAAAAACAUGUUUUAAACAUUUUGCUAUUAUAACUAGGAAUGUGAAUUAGUAGGAAAGUGAAAUUUUUUUUGGUGAUUGAGAAAUGUAGCUUUGUAAGUACAUAAUUUGAAUUAUGUAAUAACAAAUUCAUUUAUGAAACUUAUUUUACAUUUUUCAUUUUUAGGUAAAUUUUAGGUCAUUUUCUGAUAUUUUUAAUCAAAUUUCAUCAAUUAACAUCUUUGAAAAUAUUUUUUUAUUUUACACAAGCUUCUGUAUGUCAAAUUUAUAUUUUAUAAAAUAAUAUUUUACAUAAACUGAAUAUGGGUAAGAUAAAGAUAAUGAUUCAAUAAAAUAAAACAAUUGCUAGAUAAGUUUUUUGGCAUAUCAUUCAAAAUUUAAAUUCCAUCAACAUUUUUAUAAUUUUUUUACUAAGUAUAUACAUUUUUAUGCAUUUAAUAUACUAAUACCAAUAUAAAUAUAAAAAUUAAAUUAAAACCCAUUCUAAGUACAUUUUUGAAUUUAAGUGCAUAUUUUAUUGCAUUUUUUGACAUUUGUAAUAGAGUUUUUAAGGUUUUUUAAUGCAUUAAAUUCACAGCCCUAGUUAUAACUAAUAAUAUCUAUUGGAUACCAAUUAUAAUCCUCAUAAUAUUUAACAUUUAAAAACUAUAAAUUAAAUUAUUUAUAAUAUGGGAAUCUUAUUAAUCUUAUUAAUUAAAUAACCCUAAUUGUUGUACUAUAAUUUAUAGUGUUUAAAUGUUAAAUUAUUAGGAUUUUAAUGUAUUUAUUAUUGACAAUUGUCUCUAAAUCACAUUUGAUGUAUACAUUUAAAAAUUUUGAAUUAAAUUAAUGCACAUUUCUUAUGUUAAUAUAUUAGAAUCAUUAAAAAUGUAUUCUAACAUACAAUUUUCCAUUAAAAUCUUAAGGUAUAUAGUUAUGGUUAUGUUAGGUCAAUAGCCAGAGUAAAAUUUUGUCAAACAGUAUGAGAAGUUCUAAACAAGACUGGUGAAUCUUGGAUGAAUGCAGGGAUAAAAGGUGAGAGGAGAUACCAUGAUGUAUAAUGUUACAGAUAAUAUCAUUUUGAUAGGGGAAAAUCUGGAAUAAGUUAACAAUAGGUUUAAGGAAUGGAUAGUAGCACUUAAAGGCAAAAGACUAACACUAAUACAGCUAAUGAUAUGUGGUUAUAGGUGAGAUUGAGUUUUAAAUACCUAGUAUUUUUUUUACAAAAAAUCAAUGGCAUUGAUGAGAAUUUAAAACAUAAGAUUAAGUGUGGUUGGAUAAAGUAGAGAGAAGAGUCGAUAUGAGAGAAAAUAAACUAUGAUGAUUUAGGUAUGUCACAAGGAGAAAGGAAUCUGAAGUUGAUUGAAUUAUAAUGAAAAUAAAUAUAGAAGGGAAGAAAUGGAGAAAAUUAUGGUUGGAUAAGAUUGAGAAUGAUAUGAGGAUAUCUGGUGUAUGCGAGAUGAGAGGUUGAGUCAAGUAGAAGUUAAGAAUGAGGGUAGCCAAUCCCAUAUAAUAGUUGGGCUGAAGAGAAAGAAGAAUUUGUAUUAAUAAAGUCAUCAUUUAUUAAGGAUGAAUUAGAUUUGUGGUGUACAUAAUAAAUUGAAUACCUAACAUAUUCUAGUUUAUAUUUAAUAAAUAUAUUUGCUGUAAUUGUUUUAUUGAUUAAAUCAUUUAUAGGAACUUGGUAAAAGACAACAACAAUUAGAAAAUGCCCAUUCUAUGUUAUUACGACAUCAUGAAGACACCAGGAAACUUGAAACAAAGCAACAAAAGGCAGUCCAUUCUUUACGUACUGCACAAAUUAUAAGGCAACAUGAUACUGAAUUACAACACCAAGGAGAUUAUGGAAAGCGUGCUCAAAACGAUUUACGUAAAAGACAUGCAAUGGAACUACGGCAACAGCCUAAAAGUCUCAAAGUAGGUGUAAUGUUAAUUUAUUUAAUUUUGUGUCUGAAAAUAUAUAACAAAUAAAAUAAUUAAAUCAAUUAGAUAUAAUCUAUUAUUUUCAUGUACCUAUAUUAAUUUUUUUAGCAAAAAGAAAUGCAAAUCCGAAAACAAUUUAGAGAAACAUGUAAAACUCAAACUAGACAAUAUAAAGUACUAAAAGCUCAAGUACUAGCUACUACAACAAAAGAAGAACAAAAAACUGUAAUAAAAAAAUUGAAAGAAGAACAGCGCAGAAAGUUGGCAUUACUUGGAGAACAGUAUGAACAAAGUAUUUCUGAGAUGUUACAAAAACAAUCUGUAAGUUAAUUAUUAUUUGUAUGAUUUAUAAAAUAAUAUGCAUUUAUGUACAUUUUAGAUAAGAUUAGAUGAGUCACAAGAAGUUGAGUGUCGUGUACUAGAUGAACGUCUAAACUAUGAGACUGACAUGUUGUUAGCUUAUCAGUCGAAGAAUAGAAUGCAAGCAGAUGCUCAAAGAAAUCACGAGAAAAAAGAAUUAGAGGACCGUAUUUCAGUUCGGAGAUCUUUACUAGAGCAAAAGGUUACUAUUCAAUAUUCAUCUUUGCUAAAAUUGGAAAUAAAUAAAUUGUACAAUUUUUCAUGUUUUUUUUCGAUUUUCAGAAUUUUAUGUUGUAGUAAUUUUCUCCUGUAAAUAUUCAAAGUUGAGAAAAAUGUUUAAUACACAAAUUUCUUUAUUCAUAAACACCUAAAAUAAUUUUUACAUUUUUUUUUUUUUGGGGGGGGGGGGGGGUGUUAACUUUUGAAAUUCUAGUGGGAACCUAUAUUAAAAAUUCCAUAAAUAAAUAGAGUAAUAUUUUAAAUAAAUUGUGGUGUUAAAAAUUUUGAUUUCCGUCAACCCGUUGACAAGAUAUUCUAUUAUUUAGUUUUGGCAAGGGAGUGUGGUUGUUUGAGUAGUGAUAUGAUAUGCAUUAUUUAAAUAGUGUUCUACUACUCUCCCCUGCCUAAACUAAAAAGUUGAAUAUCUCAUCAACAGGUUAAUCAAAAAUGUUAACACUACAAUUUAUUUUAAAUAUUACUCUAUUUAUUUAUGGAAUUUUUAAUAUAGAUUUUCAUUUUAAUUUCAAAAGUUAACACCCAAAAAAAUUCAGUAAAAUAAAAAAAAAUGUACAAAUUAUUUUAGGUGUUUAUAAAUAAAGAAACAUUUGUAUUAAACAUUUUUUUCUAUUUUAAAUGUUUUUAGAAAAAAAUUGUUGUAACAUAAAAUUCUGAAUACCUGGAUGUAUAUUUAAACCAUUUUUUGUAUUCACAAAAAUUUAGGUAUGGAUUUUUUUUUUCUAAAUUAUAGUUAAUAUGUUAAAUUUUAAAAUAUUUACAAUUAGUAUUGUCCACUUUGAUUUGUCAAUUUUAAGAACAAUAUUUAUUUUAUUUUAUUAAUUUUAAAUAUUUAGAGUAAAAAUAAGAUCAUGGUUAUCAAAUAUUUGAUGAAUUUUGGUUCAAGUUUUAUGUAUCAAGUUUAAAAGAAAAAAUAUAUAACUCUUGGGUAUGUGAUGCUCCUGUAUAUCAUUCCAAUUUUUACAAAUGCACAAAGUAGAAAAUUUGCGUUCAGCAGUGACCACUUUUUGCUGUAGGUUUUAAUACUAGAGCAAAUUGACCUAUUAUAAAACUUAAAAGUAAUACCAUUAUUUGGUUGUAUGUUAAUUAAAAUUUAAAUUUAAAAAAAAUACCAUUCCAAAAAAUAGAUUAUGUUCUUGCCUUUAAAUAUUAUAAUAGACCAAUUCGCUCUACUUUUAAAACCAAUAGCAGCAAAAUUGUUACUGCUGAACACAAUUUGUCUACAUUGUGCAUUUAUGAUGAGAAUGACAUAUAUGAACAUCACAUCCCCUUAAGUUAUAUAGUUUUCCUAAGUACAUAUAAUUUUUUUGUUUAAUUAUUUUCGUUUUAUACUUGGUAUAAAAAAAUUGAUUCCAAUUCUCUAUAAUAUUAAUAAUGACUGAAUAAAAUUGUCUAUGAUAAACACAAAUGUUGUAAGACAGAACACCACAUUUAUGUAUCAUAUAUUCUCAAUUCCCAACAAAAUGUUAAGCAUAAAAUAACAUUCCAAGUACUGUUCAUGUCUAUAAUUUGUUCAAUCAGAUGUUGCUAAAUUCUAAUUUUGGUUAUAUAUGUUAUUCUGAUUAUGUGCAUGGGUUAUUGGUAAAAGUAUUUAAUUUCAAUUAACUCCCUAACAAUUUUAUAUUCAAAAAUAGCAAUGAAUUAUUUUUGGGUCCAAUAUUGAAUGGUUUGUAAACAUUAUAUUUAUAAAUGAUUGAAAUUCACGGUGUGACCUUCUCUAGUUGGAAGCUCUUAUUAAGUAUUUCAACCAAAUAUUCGAAUAAGUUAAGUAUAAAGUUUUUGAAUAUUUUCAUAUAGCAUUGAGUUGUUACAGUUAAUGUUCCAGUUUUCCUUAAAAACAUCAAAACUAACUACCACAUCCUCUUUUAUUAAUGAUAAUUUAUAUGAAAUUAUAUGUAUUAAUAAUUAUUAUACCAACAGUCUGUGUACUUUUUUAAAUUGUAAUAUUAUUUUUUUUACAGUAAUUAUUGUUUGUUUUCCAGAUGGAAAUGGAAACCGCACAAUUUUUACAAGAACGUGGAGAACGUAUUAGACUUCUUCGUGAAAAACAAGAUAGAGAAUUUGAACAAUUUGAUGAUGAAUCAAUUCGUUUAGGUUUUAGGUUAGUAUUAUUUUAUGUUUACUCUGUUUUAUUGGUUUAAAAUUGUAAUGUAUUCUAGCACUUUAUCCAUUAAGGACAAGUCAACAUUGGAAGAAGAUAGUUUAUCUGGCAGUGUGCUUAGCUUAGCACGUAGCAAUAGUGCAAACUCUUUUCAUGGUGGGAAUCUGUAGCUCACAUGUUUUCAUGUAAAUAAUUUUACAAUUUACCCCUUUAACAGCUUUUUAAUAUUUACACAUAUCAAAUAAUUGACAAACUUUUCUUUUCAAUUUUGUUCUAUUUAAAUAUAUUUUAUUCAGUAUUAUAAUGCUUAAUUAACAGGUUUAAAUUAACAUAUUUUCUUAAAAAUAAAUUAAUAACAAUAUUGAAUAAUACAAUAAUAUUUUGUUUGUAUAAUUAUAAUUACCCACUGUAAAACAUAAUACAUUUUUUAGACACUGUUAAUUUUGUAAAUAAAUAAUGAAAUAUGUGAACAAAAAUUUUACUUUAUAUAUUAUAUACAUACAUAUAUUAUAUGUAUAUAAAUUAUUAUUAUUAUUAUUAUAUAUUUAUUAUUAUUUUAUUAUUAUUAUUGUAACAUUUUUAUUAUGUACAUAAAUAUAUAGUAAGUUGAAAAUAAUUUAAUUCAUGAGUUUUGUAUAUUUUUUUAUUGUGAAUAUUUUCAUUUAGUCUAUGCUAAAAUCAUACACAUAUUUAAUUUUAAACAUCGUAAUAAAUUUGAAAAUAAUGUUUUAAGAUAAUUUUUUUUUCCUGAACACCAAAAUUGCUGAUUAAUCUAGUUUUAUCAUUAUAGAAAAUGAAUUAUGAAGCUCAAAUAAGGUAAUUUAAAUAACCAUAAAACAGAUAUAGACAAUUUAAAAUAUAUGUAUUUAUUUACUUUUUCUUAUUAUUUACAUUUUUUAUUGGAUUCAUUGGGGUUCCUCUUCAUCCAUUGUUUCUGUACUGAACCUUUGAAACUAAGCAUGGCUGAUUUUGAAUAAACAUCCUUUGUAGCGAAUGGAGAUAGUCCAGCUGUAUAAUCUGGAUCCAAAGCAUUAGUUUUUGUUUUGGCCAAUCUAGAUGGUCGUUGAUGUGGUCUUGGUUGAUCUUCGACUAACCUUGGAUUAAUUGCAUGUUUACCACCUUGUGGUUUUGGUAACGAAUACCUUUUACCUCUUAAAUUCAAAGGCCGUUUAGCAUUUAUGUAAACACAUUGCUUGCCAUUUUCAUCCAAGUAUACAGCUACGCGUUUCAAACUUUUGUUACCACAUUUAGGACAAAACAAUCUUGUCAUAUGUGAAGUUAAGGUAAAACAACCAUAACAUCGCCUUAUAUAUGUUCGAACUUCUUUAAUCACACGACCAUCUAAAGCAAUGAUAGAAAGGCCCAUUUGUUUAAGGACAUUUUGUACAGCAUAAUCAGUUGUAAUGCAACCAACUUUAGCUUCUUCAUCAACUAUAUUAUCUCCGAUAUUUAUAGUUAAAUCUUUAAUAUUCUCUUCUGUAAUCCAUCCGUCAUCUAUAUUUAGUUCUGACAAAUUAUCACAUAAACGGUCUGGAUCAUAAAACCCAAUUGUGUUUUCAUUGACCUUUGGUUUUUCAAACACAAUAGAUUUAGAUUCUGGUUCGGUUUUUAAAUUAUCUGUGCCAUAAUUUUCUUUGUGUACCUGAUAAGCCAAAGCUAUUACUUUAAUAUCGGUUAUGGAUAAAUUCGGGAAAUCGCCAGUUUUUUUUGAAAAAUCAACAACAAAUUGAACAUGUUCAGGAAACACAGUUUUAAUGUUCAGUGUGUAUGGCAGUACUGACAGGUCGGUCUUUUGCUGUUUAUUUGUAACUUCAUUUACUACUUCUUGUAUAGUAUAGAUGUUCACACCAAACUCUUGAAGUGGAGCAUUGUCAAUAAAUCCGGCUGUGUCCACGAUCAAAUGUUGAGUUUUAGUCAUUUUGAACAACCAACACGUGCCUUAAAUUCAGAAAAUAAGUGAAUUACGUAAAUCUAUUGAC